AUGGCUUUAGAAACACAUAAACUUGUACCUGGCUGCAAGCCUCCACCGAAUGAGGUAACUGGUGCUUCGACGAAUAUCAGUGCAUGUUCUUCAGUUCAGCUUAGCCCCAUGUCAUCUUCCUUCCCCAGUCCCGCACCUUCUUAUCAUGUCAGUCCUACAGCAUCCUCAUUUCCAAGUCCCUCUCGCUGUGAGGGAAAUCCACCACCAUAUAUCCUCCCUUUUAUCCAUAAUUCAGCUGCCAUUCCGUCUUGUCUGCCUCAUCCUCAUAUAUCUAGCAGUGCUCCUGUCACCCCACCUCUUUCUUCUCCUACUCGGAGAUCAAAGCCGAAACCUGUAUUGGAAUCUCUAUCAGCUAGUGCAUUGCGUUCUUUCUGUCAUCCAAUUUUCGCUGUUUCUGCACCGUCAAGUCCUACCCGUCGCCAACAUUCUAAACCUGCUACCAUUCCAGAAUGUGACGAGUCUGAUGCCUCCCCAGUUGAGUUUGCUCAUCGGGUUAGCUCCAAGAUAGUGGCACCUUCAGCAGCUCAAACUUCGCCUACUUUUAACCUUGUUAGACCCAUUUUUCAGCAGAAUGUCCUCCUAGAUGCCUUGAAAGGGCGUGGGGAGUUUGGUUGUGGAGAAUCAGCUCAAAGGGGACAUGGCUCUGAGUUUGAUUUUGGAAGUGGAAAAGUUAUGGCAUGGGAAGGCGAGAGAAUACAUGAAAUUGCGGUGGAUGAUCUAGAGCUCACUCUUGGGAGCAGAAAAGCAGGUCCUUGA